UUAUAGCUUUUUGAGAAAUCCCCUUGCACAAGCAAAUUGAGCACAAAAGCCGAACCCUCUCUACUCCCAGACACAGCAACACAAACCCCACUCUCAGAGUCUCUCUCCGUCAUUUCCUCGAUUCCUAUCCAAGAUGUUUCUCACCAGGACUGAGUAUGACCGAGGAGUCAACACCUUUUCUCCCGAAGGCCGUUUGUUUCAGGUUGAAUAUGCAAUUGAAGCCAUCAAGCUGGGAUCAACUGCGAUUGGGUUGAAGACCAAAGAGGGUGUUGUCCUUGCUGUUGAGAAGCGCAUCACUUCGCCCCUGCUGGAGCCCAGUAGUGUCGAGAAAAUAAUGGAAAUUGAUGCACACAUAGGUUGUGCAAUGAGCGGAUUGAUUGCUGAUGCUCGAACACUUGUUGAACAUGCACGGGUGGAAACUCAGAAUCACAGGUUCUCCUAUGGUGAGCCAAUGACAGUUGAGUCCACAACUCAAGCUCUUUGUGAUUUAGCCUUGCGUUUUGGUGAAGGUGAUGAAGAAUCCAUGUCCCGACCAUUUGGAGUAUCCCUUCUCAUUGCUGGCCAUGAUGAGAAUGGACCUAGCUUAUAUUACACUGAUCCAUCUGGCACAUUUUGGCAAUGCACUGCAAAAGCUAUUGGUUCAGGGUCAGAAGGUGCUGACAGCUCCUUGCAAGAACAGUACAACAAGGACCUAACACUUCAAGAAGCCGAGACUAUAGCUUUAUCCAUUUUGAAGCAAGUUAUGGAAGAGAAGGUCACUCCCAACAACGUUGACAUUGCCAAGGUGGCUCCAACAUAUCAUCUUUAUACCCCCUCUGAGGUGGAAGCUGUGAUAAGUCGUCUAUGAUUUUCUUUUCAUGAUUUUCUCUAUUUCUGCCCGUACCUCUAAUUAUGCGGAAACUUUUUUGGUGGAUGAUGCUACAUGUAGUGCUACACGUGUGGCCAAGUUGUACUCUGGUGUCAUAUUUGCUGCAUUCAAUCUAGUUGGAAUUGAGGACUAAAAGGGUUUCAAUGUUUAGAAAGCCGAGAACUAUACCUGAAUACCGUGCUUUAUUUUUUUUUAACUGUAGAAGAUAUAAAGGAUGGGAGACGUUGCAGAUAAAAAGAUUUGUUCAACAAUCUA